CAUUCGGUUUUGCCACGGGAAACCGGAAGUCAAACUUUAACGUGUUAUUGCGCAUGUGCAUGCCUCUCGUGUCUUCGACCUCUACAACGAGCCGGUAACAAACUGCCUUGAGUUUUUAUCCACAGCUCCUGUGUCCGACCUGUCGUGAUGUUCGCCUGCGCUAAGUUCGUCUCCACCCCCUCCCUGGUGAUCCGUGUUGGAUCCCGUGCACUGUAUAGACCACUGUCCACAGCAGUGGUGUCAGAUGCCAGGAAAUCAGAGACUGCUGCCCUCUUGGGCUCACAGAGCGUUAUGGCCUCCCAUCAGCAGAUGGCAGUGAGGAGUUUCCAGACCAGUGCUGUGAGCCGUGACAUCGACACUGCUGCUAAGUUCAUUGGUGCUGGAGCUGCUACUGUAGGAGUGGCUGGAUCUGGAGCUGGGAUUGGAACUGUGUUUGGUAGCCUUAUUAUUGGAUAUGCCAGGAACCCGUCACUGAAGCAGCAGCUGUUCUCUUAUGCUAUCUUAGGCUUUGCUCUGUCUGAAGCUAUGGGUCUGUUCUGUCUGAUGGUUGCUUUUCUAAUCCUUUUUGCAAUGUAAGCCUGCACAACCAUGUCCUUUUAGGGGGAAUUAACUUGGUUGGACAACACACUCAUUCUUUGAUUGUAGUUUUUUACAAGUUAGUGAGUCCUGUGAGAUGCUGGUAAACAGAGAUUCGACCACGGAGGGAUUUGUCAUUAUAUUGUAUAAUAAUGUUUUGUUAACAACAUACAACUGGUAACAGAAAUAAUAAUAAAAAAUCCAAUCCA